AUGAGGUUAUGGGGCCCAUCAGGUUUCAGACAGACUGCCCAAUUGCUGGAAAAGCUGUUUAGUUUUCUUGCUAGGAAGACUGACUUUUAUACUGGGGGACAAAAGGGAGAGUCGGAGAAGAUGGUUUUGAGUAAGUUCAAGAAAUUUGAGAAGAUGGCAUUAGAGAAACAAGCACAGUUGAAAGCUGAGAGGGAGGAAGAGGAGAGAAGAAGACAAGAAAGAAUAAAGAAGAAAAAAGAAGAAGAAGAAAAAGCCAAGAUCGAGCCAAAAAUUAAAGAACUGACUGAUGAAGAGGCUGAAAAAUUACAAAAGGAAAUAGAACAGAAAAAGUCUGAGCCAGAAGCUAGUCCAGCAGAAAAUGGUACAGGGGACGGAACAAAAGAUAAGGAAGAAGAUAAAAAGUCUGAUGAUGAAGAAGAAGAUGAAGAUGCUAAAGGAAAGCUCAAACCUAACUAUGGUAACGGAGCUGACCUAGAAAAGUACAGCUGGACACAGACACUGGAGGAGUUAGAAGUAAUGAUUCCAUUAAAUGUCAGUUUCCCAGUGAAAAGUAAAGACCUUAUAGUGAAUAUUGAGAAAAAGCAUGUGAAAGUGGCGUUAAAGGGACAUCCAGCAAUAAUAGAUGGUGAACUACAGCAUGACAUCAAGUUAGAGGAAUCAACAUGGACCAUUGAAGACAGGAAGGCUGUGAAACUAUUCUUUGAGAAGGGAGAACCGCUGCCUCUUGCUGACGCUGGGCGUAUUAGUAAUGUCACCGAACAGAGUUUCGCAGUCACGUGGAAGAAUAAUCAGAAUUUAAGUUACGCUCAUUACCAUAUCGUCAUAUCUCCUGUAUCAACAUCUCUUCACGCCAUGUGUGAAACUCUAGAAAAUGGCAACUGUACAUUGCUACGCAAAAAUAACAUAACAUCUCUAGAAUUCGAUGGACUCGAACCAGGAACAAACUAUUCAGUUAUCAUCUACACCUCAGUUCCCGGUUUGAUAAGCGAAGCAGGACCAGAGACUCAUACAUAUACAAGACCGCUGCCUCUUGCUGAUGCUGGACGUAUCGACAAUGUCACCGAACAGUGUUUCGCAGUCACAUGGAGCAAUAAUCAGAAUUUAAGUUACACUCAUUACCAUAUCGUCAUAUCUCCUGUAUCAACAUCUCUUCACGCCAUAUGUGGAACUCUAGAAAAUGGCAACUGUACAUUGCUACGCAAAAAUAACGUUACAUCUCUAGAAUUCAAUGGACUCGAUCCAGGAACAAACUAUUCAGUUAUUAUCUACACCUCUGUUGCCGGUUUGAUAAGUGAAGCAGGACCAGAGACUCAUGCAUAUACGAAACCGCUGCCUCUUGCUGACGCUGGGCGUAUUAGCAAUGUCACCGAGCAGAGUUUCGCAGUCACGUGGAAGAAUAUUCAGAAUUUAAGUUAUGCUCAUUACCAUAUCGUCAUAUCUCCUGUAUCAACAUCUCUUCACGCCAUGUGUGAAACUCUAGAAAAUGGCAACUGUACAUUGCUACGCGAAAAUAACAUAACAUCUCUAGAAUUCGAUGGACUCGAACCAGGAACAAACUAUUCAGUUAUCAUCUACACCUCAGUUCCCGGUUUGAUAAGCGAAGCAGGACGAGAGACUCAUACAUAUACAAGACCGCUGCCUCUUGCUGAUGCUGGACGUAUCGACAAUGUCACCGAACAGAGUUUCGCAGUCACAUGGAAGAAUAAUCAGAAUUUAAGUUAUACUCAUUACCACAUCGUCAUAUCUCCUGUAUCAACAUCUCUUGACGCCCUGUGUGAAACUCUAGAAAACGGCAACUGCACAUUGCUACGCAAAAAUAACGCUACAUUUCUAGAAUUCAAUGGACUCGAUCCAGGAACAAACUAUUCAGUUAUCAUCUACACCUCAGUUCCCGGUUUAAUAAGUGAAGCAGGACCAGAGACUCAUACAUAUACGAAACCGCUGCCUCUUGCUGAGGCUGGACGUAUCGGCAAUGUCACCGAACAGAGUUUCGCAGUCACAUGGAGCAAUAAUCAGAAUUUAAGUUACACUCAUUACCAUAUCGUCAUAUCUCCUGUAUCAACAUCUCUUCACGCCAUAUGUGAAACUCUAGAAAAUGGCAACUGUACAUUGCUACGCAAAAAUAACGUUACAUCUCUAGAAUUCAAUGGACUCGAUCCAGGAACAAACUAUUCAGUUAUCAUCUACACCUCAGUUGCCGGUUUAAUAAGUGAAGAAGGACCAGAGACUCAUACAUAUACGAAACCGCUGCCACUUGCUGACGCUGGACAUAUCGGUAAUGUCACCGAACAGAGUUUCGCAGUCAUAUGGAAGAAUAAUCAGAAUUCAAGCUAUACUCAUUACCAUAUUGUCAUAUCUCCUGUAUCAACAUCUCUUGACGCCAUGUGUGAAACUCUAGAAAAUGGCAACUGUACAUUGCUACGCAAAAAUAACGUUACAUCUCUAGAAUUCAAUGGACUCGAUCCAGGAACAAAAUAUUCAGUUAUCAUCUACACCUCAGUUGCCGGUUUAAUAAGUGAAGAAGGACCAGAGACUCAUACAUAUACGAGACCGAUGCCUCUUGCUGACGCUGGAUGUAUCGUCAAUGUCACCGAACAGAGUUUCGCAGUCACAUGGAAUAUUAAUCAGAAUUUAAGUUUUACUCAUUACCGUAUCGUCAUAUCUCCUGUAUCAACAUCUCUUGACGCCACGUGUGAAACUCUAGAAAAUGGCAACUGUACAUUGCUAAGCAAAGAUAAUGUAACAUCUCUAGAAUUCAAAGGACUCGAUCCAGGAACAAAAUACUCCGUCAUCAUAUACACCUUAAUUGACGGUUUAAUAAGCAAAGCAGGAAAAGAGACUCAUACAUAUACGAAACCGCUGCCUCUUGCUGACGCUGGACGUAUCGGCAAUGUCACCGAACAGAGUUUCGCAGUCACAUGGAAGAAUAAUCAGAAUUUAAGUUAUACUCAUUACCAUAUCGUUAUAUCUCCUGUACCAACAUCUCUUGACGCCAUGUGUGAAACUCUAGAAAAUGGCAACUGUACAUUGCUGCGUAAAAGUAACAUAACAUCUCUAGAAUUCAAAGGAGUCGAUCCAGGAACAAAAUAUUCAGUUAUCAUCUACACCUCAGUUGCCGGGUUAAUAAGUGAAGAAGGACCAGAGACUCAUACAUAUACGAGACCGCUGCCUCUUGCUGAUGCUGGACGUAUCGACAAUGUCACCGAACAGAGUUUCGCAGUCACAUGGAAGAAUAAUCAGAAUUUAAGUUAUACUCAUUACCACAUCGUCAUAUCUCCUGUAUCAACAUCUCUUGACGCCAUGUGUGGAACUCUAGAAAAUGGCAACUGUACAUUGCUACGCAAAAAUAACGUUACAUCUCUAGAAUUCAAUGGACUCGAACCAGGAACAAACUAUUCAGUUAUCAUCUACACCUCAGUUGCCGGUUUAAUAAGUGAAGCAGGACCAGAGAUUCAUACAUAUACGAAACCGCUGCCUCUUGCUGACGCUGGACGUAUCGGCAAUGUCACCGAACAGAGUUUCGCAGUCACAUGGAACAAUAAUCAGAAUUUAAGUUACACUCAUUACCAUAUCGUCAUAUUUCCUGUAUCAGCAUCUCUUGACGCCAUGUGUGAAACUCUAGAAAAUGGCAACUGUACAUUGCUACGCAAAAAUAACGUUACAUUUCUAGAAUUCAAUGGACUCGAUGCAGGAACAAACUAUUCAGUUAUCAUCUACACCUCAGUUGCCGGUUUAAUAAGUGAAGCAGGACCAGAGACUCAUACAUAUACGAAACCGCUGCCUCUUGCUGACACUGGACGAAUCGGCAAUGUCACCGAACAGAGUUUCGCAGUCACAUGGAGCAAUAAUCAGAAUUUAAGUUACACUCAUUACCAUAUCGUCAUAUCUCCUGUAUCAACAUCUCUUCACGCCAUAUGUGAAACUCUAGAAAAUGGCAACUGUACAUUGCUACGCAAAAAUAACGUUACAUCUCUAGAAUUCAAUGGACUCGAUCCAGGAACAAACUAUUCAGUUAUCAUCUACACCUCAGUUGCCGGUUUGAUAAGUGAAGCAGGACCAGAGACUCAUACAUAUACGAAAUCGCUGCCUCUUGCUUACGCUGGACAUAUCGGUAAUGUCACCGAACAGAGUUUCGCAGUCAUAUGGAAGAAUAAUCAGAAUUCAAGCUAUACUCAUUACCAUAUUGUCAUAUCUCCUGUAUCAGCAUCUCUUGACGCCAUGUGUGAAACUCUAGAAAAUGGCAACUGUACAUUGCUACGCAAAAAUAACGUUACAUCUCUAGAAUUCAAAGGACUCGAUCCAGGAACAAAAUACUCCGUCAUCAUAUACACCUUAAUUGACGGUUUAAUAAGCAAAGCAGGAAAAGAGACUCAUACAUAUACGAAACCGCUGCCUCUUGCUGACGCUGGACGUAUCGGCAAUGUCACCGAACAGAGUUUCGCAGUCACAUGGAAGAAUAAUCAGAAUUUAAGUUAUACUCAUUACCAUAUCGUUAUAUCUCCUGUACCAACAUCUCUUGACGCCAUGUGUGAAACUCUAGAAAAUGGCAACUGUACAUUGCUACGUAAAAGUAACAUAACAUCUCUAGAAUUCAAAGGACUCGAUCCAGGAACAAAAUAUUCAGUUAUCAUCUACACCUCAGUUGCCGGGUUAAUAAGCGAAGAAGGACCAGAGACUCAUACAUAUACGAGACCGCUGCCUCUUGCUGAUGCUGGACGUAUCGACAAUGUCACCGAACAGAGUUUCGCAGUCACAUGGAAGAAUAAUCAGAAUUUAAGUUAUACUCAUUACCACAUCGUCAUAUCUCCUGUAUCAACAUCUCUUGACGCCAUGUGUGAAACUCUAGAAAAUGGCAACUGUACAUUGCUACGCAAAAAUAACGUUACAUCUCUAGAAUUCAAUGGACUCGAUCCAGGAACAAACUAUUCAGUUAUCAUCUACACCUCAGUUGUCGGUUUUGUCAGUGAAGCAGGACCAGAGAUUCAUAUAUAUACGAAACCGCUGCCUCUUGCUGACGCUGGACGUAUCGGCAAUGUCACCGAACAGAGUUUCGCAGUCACAUGGAAGAAUAAUCAGAAUUUAAGUUACACUCAUUACCAUAUCGUCAUAUUUCCUGUAUCAGCAUCUCUUGACGCCAUGUGUGAAACUCUAGAAAAUGGCAACUGUACAUUGCUACGCAAAAAUAACGUUACAUUUCUAGAAUUCAAUGGACUCGAUGCAGGAACAAACUAUUCAGUUAUCAUCUACACCUCAGUUGCCGGGUUAAUAAGUGAAGAAGGACCAGAGACUCAUACAUAUACGAGACCGAUGCCUCUUGCUGGACGUAUCGUUAAUGUCACCGAACAGAGUUUCGCAGUCACAUGGACGAAUAAUCAGAAUUUAAGUUAUAACCAUAUCGUCAUAUUUCCUGUAUCAACAUCUCUUGACGCCACGUGUGAAACUCUAGAAAAUGGCAACUGUACAUUGCUACGCAAAGAUAACGUAACAUCUCUAGAAUUCAAAGGACUCGAUCCAGGAACAAAAUACUCAGUUAUCAUCUACACCUCAGUUGCCGGUUUAAUAAGUGAAGAAGGACCAGAGACUCAUACAUACACGAGACCGAUGCCUCUUGCUGACGCCGGACGUAUCAGUAAUGUCACCGAACAGAGUUUCGCUGUCACAUGGAAGAAUAAUCAGAAUUUAAGUUAUACUCAUUACCAUAUUGUUAUAUCUCCUGUAUCAACAUCUCUUGACGCCACGUGUGAAACUCUAGAAAAUGGCAACUGUACAUUGCUACGCAAAAGUAACGUAACAUCUCUAGAAUUCAAAGGACUCGAUCCAGGAACAAAAUAUUCAGUUAUCAUCUUCACCUCAGUUGCCGGUUUAAUAAGUGAAGAAGGACCAGAGACUCAUACAUAUACGAAACCGCUGCCUCUUGCUGACGCUGGAAGUAUUGGCAAUGUCACCGAAAAGAGUUUCACAGUCACAUGGAAGAAUAAUCAGAAUUUAAGUUAUACUCAUUACCAUAUCGUCAUAUCUCCUGUAUCAACAUCUCUUGACGCCACAUGUGAAACUCUAGAAAAUGGCAACUGCACAUUGCUACGCAGAAAUAACGUAACAUCUCUAGAAUUCAAAGGACUCGAUCCAGGAACAAAAUACUCAGUUAUCAUCUAUACCUCAGUUGCCGGUUUAAUAAGUGAAGCAGGACCAAAGUCUCGUACAUACACAAUACCACUUCCUCCAAAGAGAAUUACCAUUCCGGAGGGAGACAUCAGCAACAACAGUUUCAUUGUAAUUUAUGAAGGUCCAAGUUCACAUUUCACACAUUGGAUUUUGCGAAUCUUCGAUACAUCAACGGAUGAACAAAUAUCUAAGACCAAGAUGGUGCUUAAAAAUGUGUCUUCAGUUCCAGUUGAUAACUUACAGCCUGGAACAGAAUAUAGUAUUUUUGUGCAAACGAGUGUUCCGGGAUUCAAUAGCAGCAACAGGACAUUAAAUGCAGUUACAAGACCAAGUGACCUUCAUUUUAUUGAUAUUCCAAAACAGAUGGUGCAUACAACUAAUUUUACAGUCCAAUAUGGAGUUUGGGAUGAUAUGUACGAUUAUUUCCAAUUCACAAUUUGCAAUGUUUCGUGUUUCUCUGAAACUCAGACCAAGGGAAUCCUGAAGAAGACAAUUCACAAUCUUACAGCAGCAACAUUUUACAAAAUAGAAGUGUAUGCUGUAAAAAAUACAAGCAAGAAUGUAUUGAAAAGUAAAAACCCAGGGACAGGGACUUCGUACUCAGCUCCUGAAAGGUCCACUGCAGUUAGAGGCACGGUUGAUUUUAAAAGUGUUACAAUAAAUCUUUCUGGAAACAAUGACUUAAUAUUCGACUAUUACAAAAUUCAGUACAACAAUAAAACUGAGAGAAUAUUGAAUCGCACUGAAGAGAGAGCAGUAUUAUCGGAACUAACGCCAGGCACUCGAUACACUUUUGAGGUUUACACAAUUCUAACUGGAAUUAAGAGUGGCGGGUUUUCUGCAAUAACAACAUUUACACGUCCAGCAGCAGUUGCGAAUGUAUUUAUUGCCGAGACGACUAACGACUCUAUAAAGAUUGAAUGGUUACAGCCUACAGAAGGAGAUGCAGCUAAAUACACUGUCAACUUUGUUUGUAAAAGCCCAAAUGUAAACGCAACACUAAAGGAAAACCAAACUUAUACAGAGACGGCAUUGUGCUCAACCGCAAAAAAUCUAGGUCCCGGAACGAACUGUAGUGUCAGUAUUACAACUAAUAUUGGAGAUCAGGUCGGCAAACCGUUUCCACUUCAGCUUAAUGCGACUUCAAAAGAAACAGCGCCAGAAGAUGUCGAAAUAUCAGACACAAAGACUGAUAAAAGAACAUUAACUGUGUGCUGGAGUAAACCUUUAAAUCCUAAUGGAAUCGUGCGGAAGUACCAAUUUCUUGUUGUUGAUACGUUCAUGCCUGUGCACUGCCUGAAAGCAAAGUAUACAUAUUUAUGCAAACAUGAUGCGUGCAAAGAUGUCGAUAACUACGAAUGCCAGGAAGUUGGAUUUACAGAACCUACUUGGUGUCAAGGCACUCACCAGAAUAAAAUCAUGACAAUAACAGAUGGAAGCAUACCGUUUGAACAAAAGGUGGAAGACUUGCACCCGUACAGAUAUUACAAUGUUACAGUUCGGGCGUAUACCAAAUGUUGGGGAACAUACACAUGGCAGCAACUAAAGACCAAAACUGGUGUUCCGGAAGCGCCACCGUCUAUAGAAAAUAUGAAUUCCACCGAAGACGAAAUCAUUAUAAAACUGAAACCGCCAAAGGAAGAGGACGCAAAUGGGGAAAUCAAAGAAUAUACAAUUAAAUAUGCAUGGAAAAAUAAAACCUGUUGGAAUUCUGAAGACGGCGAAAUAGUUGAGCAGAGUAUCUCUUACAAUAAAAGUGAUCUGUCAUAUCGCUUGUCGCAUUUACGUCCUUACUGGUAUUACAAUAUAACUAUGGGUGCAUCUACAUCUGAGGGAGCGGGACCCUUUGGUUGGUGCGACGGUUGCUAUCUGAGGACAAAAGAAUCAACGCCUGGUGAUAUCGAAAAUUUAGCUGUGCAAACAUCUGCUGAGACGGCGGAGUUGGACUGGUCACCUCCAUGCCGAACAAACGGCAUUCUAACAAAAUACACAAUGAAUAUUCGAAAUGUAGACACAAACGUAAACUGGACGAAUGAAACCAGUUCAAAUGAGACACAUCACACGAUAAGAAAUAUUUUACCAUAUAGCAACUAUACUAUUAUGAUUGCUGCAAACACCAAAGAGGGUCCUGGGAAAUUUGCACAAGAAACAAGUCUGCGGACAAAUAUUGCUAAGCCGAGGAUGCCGACAGACCCAAAAGCCAUUACAAAGAGUGCAACGAGUCUUAACGUUUCUUGGAAAACACCAAACCUAUACACUGGUCCUACAAAAUACACUGUUACAGUCAUGGAUUUAAAAAACACUAGUAUAAAGAUACAGCCUUGCGAAACAGGGAUUGAUUUCAAAGCUACUGAAUGCAUAGUGUCAGGUCUAGAUGAGUAUUGGAAUUAUAAUAUUACAGUGAUUGCAACCACUGACGCCGGCAACACAUCUUCUAUAUCAGUAACAGGACAGACUGCUGAAGCUCGGCCGGGGAAGAUUCGCCGUUUGAGUCUAAAAUCAGAGGACGACGUUACUAAAGAUAGAUCUGUAGAGGUAACAUGGACUCCACCAAAAGACAGGGAUAAGAAUGGAAUCAUCCAGAGAUAUCAUAUCGAAUUCAAAGACAAUGAUGGUAAAACUGUCAGUUUUGGCACAAAAGACAGUAUUACGACUUACUAUUUUUAUCAAGGCAUGUUUCCUGGUGUGUACUCUGUCAAGGUGUUUGCUGCUACGGCUGUCGGAAAUGGCACGAUGGAAACACAAUCGAUAACUGUUAGUCCAGGUGCCCCGUUGAAACUUAUCGAAGAAACAGCAGAUAGUUUAUUGAUGCAGCCAAGUAAGGCCAAGCUUUUGGAUCAUGAGAGACAGAUAGCCGUGAAACUUCCAUUGAAAGACCUCCUAUGUAAUAUACGUAAUGGUCAGUUGAAACGAUGGGGUGUAGUUGUUGCCCAGGAAAACCAAGCAACAGACACAAGUUUCACAGGAAACACAACGGAUUUCAACAAGAAAGUGAAAGAGAAGUAUAAAAGCUGGUUUCAAGUUAAAGACAUGGAUCCUAUUCCACCUUACAUAGCUACACCAGAAAAUUGGACAGUGCAGUGUCCUACUGUUUACGGUAGUAAACGAAGAAAACGAGCUGCAACAAUAGCAACGCCUGGGCACGUGUACGAAGAUUUUAUUGUGGGAGUAGACGGGGAGUGUUCCGGCAAACAAAAUAACAAAUAUUGUAAUGGAGAAUUACAACCAGGACGUAGUUACAGGGUGAAAACAUUCGUUUGCACAGCCGGAGGCUGCACCGAGACAGAAUAUUCAAAGGCAAUAUCAACGGCUCCAGACCUUACGAUACCAAUUGUAGCUGGUAUAUCAUCAGCAUUAGCAGUCAUAGCCGUUGUUGGUGUCGUUGUUGUCGUCCUGAGAAGGAAACAGCUUGUUUGUUUUGCCAAAGAUGACGAAAGACUGCGUACACAUACACCAGGCGAAGGUAUUCAUAUGGGCAAAAUAGAACCCACGAGAAAGAAUGCUUUCAGACAAGGGCCGAUCAAGCUAAGUGAUUUUCCAGAUGCUGUGGAAAAAAUGCACACAGAUUCGGAUCUGCGUUUCGCAGAUGCAUAUAAGUUACUGAAAGAAAAAAGUCCUAAUCACCCAAUGACGGCAGCUGAGCAGCAGAGUUGCAGACUUAAAAACAGAUAUACAAAUAUUCUUCCUUUUGAUCACUCCAGAGUAAAACUACGACCAUCUGAUGACAUAGAAGGAUCUGACUACAUCAACGCAAACUACAUUCCUGGAUAUACUUCUCGAAGAGAAUAUAUUGCAACCCAAGGUGUUAUGCAAGCAACUGUCGAUGAUUUCUGGCGAAUGAUAUGGGAGCAAAACGUAGAUACAAUUGUAAUGUUGACAAAGCUUAUGGAAAAAAGACGGCAUAAGUGUGAUAAGUACUGGCCAGACCUUGGGGAACCAGCGUUCUACGGUGAUUUGGUUGUGUCUCUGCAAUCAGAAUCUAAUCUGUCAGACUACACAAUUAAGAUAUUUGAAGUAAAAAUGAGAGAGCAACGGAAAAUGGUCAGGCAUUUUAGUUACCUAAAAUGGCCGGAUAUGGGUUGUCUCGAAACUCCAGAAUUAUUACUUGAAUUUGUAAAAGCUGUGCGGCAGUACACAACUCGGAAAAAGAGAACAACAUCGGGGCCGACGGUAGUGCACUGCAGUGCCGGUGUAGGACGUACUGGGACAUUUAUAGCUGUUGAUUACUUGUUACAACAUAUUAGAGAUCACGACGAGGUUGACAUAUUUAGUCUUGUCCUAGAAAUGAGGAACCAUAGACUCAAUAUGGUACAAACAGAGGAUCAGUAUGUUUACAUCCAUGAGUGCCUGAAAUCGUUCAUUACAACUGAUGAAGAGGAAGAAGAUGAGAAUGAAGAUGAACAUGUAUACGUGAAUACAUCAUUCGGAGCGCAAGAGGAAAAUAUCUACGAAAAUUCAGGAUAUCAGAAGGAUUGAGGAACAUAAAAAGGACAGGUUAUUCAACAGGAUACGCUGUAUACAUGUGUGCUAUAUUAUUUUAUGUGAAAUAUAUAUUUGACAGACAUCACAGUCUGUAUUGCCUUAUUUGACACUAUAAUUAUUGUGCGAUAGAGAGCUUAUAGGGACCUGAUAGAGUAACCUAUAUACAGUUCACAUGUAUUCUUCUAUAGAUCCAUCCUGAUCAGUUACAUAAAUAUGUCAUUGUGUAAUGACCAUGUUCUCAUCAAUCAAAGUCGUACAUCAUAUUAUCUUGACUUGCAUCUAAAUUGUUUUUCACUGAUAUCUUGAAUUUUAGAAUCUAUUCACGUUCAAAUACCGACUACAUUUUCAUGGUAUACAUUUUUUGUAAUAUAUUUUUAUUUCCAAUACAUACAGCACAUUUACAACAAAUACAUUUGUGACAGUUUAUUUCUUUUCAAUAUUGAUAAACAAAGUAUUUUCUUAAUUAAUCUUCAAUAUUCAUUUUAUUUUUAUUAUAUAUGUCUAUAUUAUUGGAAAAAUGUGAUAAAAAAAGAAAGGUAAAAAAAAACAACAAUAAAUUAAAGGAGAGAAAGGAAUAGAAUGAAAAAUAAAGAAAAUCAAGAUUUGGAUGUUCUGAUAGAAUAUAUAUACUGUUAUUGAUGGAAAAAUGCAUUUUUUAACUCAUACAAAAUGUUAAGACAGCUCAUAUUAUUUCUCCAAUACUAUCAAAAACUGACCAUUUUUGCCUGUGUUGUUCUAUUUUGUUAUGUAUUGUGGCUAUUUCCUGCUCUAUUUUAAUCCGUAGUUUCAAAUAUAAAAUAAAAUUGUCAAAAACAGGUAAAAGUUUUCUAUUUUUCACCUGAAAAAUAUAGGAUUUCAUUAAAAAGAUCAAAAAGUUUAAUACAUUUCUAUUUUGUCCGCUUUCUAAAAUGACCAAAACUGAUUAUUUCUCGAUUAAAGUAUGCUGAGAUGUUUAAGGCACUUAGGAAAUCAGUUAAUCUAUUCCACAUAUGUUGAGCAUAUUGGCAUUCCCAAAAUAAAUGCUCUUGACUUUCUACAUACAUGUUACAAAAAUCGCAUAGACUUGAAUUGCUUAAUUUUACCUUUAAUAGAUACGUAUUAGUGGAAAUAAGACGGUGAAUAUAUUUGUAUUGAAAACUUCUCAGUUUUGAGUCUAUAGUUGAUUUGAAUACUUGUCUGUAUAUAUUUUUCCAUUUUAUUUCUUCUUUAUCUAAAAAUUCUUCCCAUUUGGCUUCAUUUUUUAAUUUUUGUUUUCCUUUUCUCUUCAUUUGCAUUUCAUACAAAAACUUAUUUGGUGCUUUUGUUUUAGACAGUGCUGUAAGUAAAGAUUCAUUUCUAUCAUAUACUAUGUUACUCUCUUUCAUCUUUACCUUUAUAUUUUGUGGUAUGCAUUUAACUAGCUGAUGAUACUUUAAAUAAUCUAUAUUUUC